CGCCUGGGCCUGCCCCCCUCCGCCUCCCUGCCCGCCCUCCGAGCCGCGGGCGAGCGCUUCUGCAGCCGACCCUGGGAGCAGGUGGAGCAGCAGCUGGUGCUGGGGGCAGGUGUGAGUGAGGACCACGUGCUCAAGGUGUGUUUCGGAGCCGCCUACAUCCAUACGCUGCUCACCCGGGCCUUCCGCAUGGGCCCCCGGGAGGAGGGCCUGCUGCGCUUUGCAAACGCAGUGGAGCGACCGGACGGAUCGCAGGUUGAGGUCAACUGGGUGCUGGGUGCGCUGCUGGUGGAGCUCAUAGGGGCGAGCGUG